UAAUAAUGGCCUCCCCCCAGGCCCCCUUGACACCCCAGACUCAAAUCAAAUCUGCAUUGUCCCUGCUCCAAAGCUUCAGCUUCAAGCAUUAGCAACCUCCACCACCACCUCCUCCUCCUCCUCACCUGGAGUAGUAGCAAGCAGCAACACAUCACAGCAGAGCUGAGCGGAGCGGAGUAGAGUAGAGUAGGGAGCUGGGCAGGGGAGCCCCAACCGCCAGACCCGCCGCGGCCAUGCGUUUCACGGUGCUGCUCCUCGGCGUGGCCGCGCUGCUCUGCCUCGGCGGUGGCGGCCGUGCGGCGGCGUCCACGGACUUCAACUUCCCGGCGGUGUUCAACUUCGGGGACUCCAACUCCGACACCGGCGGCCGCGUGGCCGCCGGCUUCGAGGCCAUCUUCCCGCCCUACGGCUCCACCUUCUUCGGCGGUCCCGCCGGCCGCUUCUGCGACGGCCGCCUCAUCAUCGACUUCCUCAUGGAGGCAAUAGAUAUGCCACUCCUCAAUGCGUAUUUGGAUUCUCUUGGUACACCAAGCUUUCGGACCGGUGUUAAUUUUGCUCAAGCUGGAUGUUCAAUCACACCAGCAAAGCCAACAUCAGUCAGCCCAUUUUCAUUUGGUCUCCAGAUUAAGCAAUUCUUUGCCUUCAAGGAUAAAGUUACUAAGCUCCUGUCUAAAGGAGAUAUGUACAGGAAAUAUAUUCCUCAGGAAGAUUACUUUUCAGAGGGACUCUACAUGUUUGAUAUUGGGCAAAAUGAUCUUGCUGGUCAAUUCUAUUCAAAAACAGAGGACCAAGUCAUUGCAUCCAUUCCAACUAUUUUGUUGGAAUUUGAAAAUGGUCUCAAGAAACUAUAUGACCAAGGUGCUAGGAAAUUCUGGAUUCACAACACAGGUCCCCUCGGCUGCUUACCUCAAAACAUAGCCUUGUUUGGCAAAGACCCAUCCCAAUUGGAUGAGCUUCACUGUGUAGCAAAGCACAACCGUGCUGCAAAACUUUUCAACAUCCAGCUGCAUGCGCUUUGCACAAAGUUGAGAGGAGAAUUCGCUGGAGCCAGCAUAACUUAUGUGGACAUCCACACAAUCAAAUACAACCUGAUCGCCAACUACUCUCGAUAUGGGUUCGAGCAUGCCACUCAAGCAUGCUGUGGAUAUGGAGGUCCACCCCUGAACUAUGAUGGUAACGUACCAUGUGGACAGACAGUGUCUGUGAAUGGUAAGCUGGUAACUGCAAAAGGGUGCAGUGACACUACUGAAUUCGUCAAUUGGGAUGGAAUACACUACACAGAAGCUGCAAACUUCCAUAUUGCAUCGCAGAUCCUGACCGGGAAAUACUCUGAUCCUCCGUUUGUGGAUAAGAUGCCAUUCGUCCUAAAACCUAGAUUCUGAUUAGCAUACACUUACCUUUUUCCCCUUUACUCAACCACUUUAACAGCAUUGGUUGCAGAUACGAUGUACUCCGUAGUUAUUACUUGUCAAUAACCAUAUAUAGCAUGAUGUCAAAAAUAAAAUCAUAUAUGGCUUGGUUUCAGUUGCCUAUA